CCAGUGCGGUGUCCGAGCUGCCGGGGGGACAGGUUGAGCUGAGCGAUGGGCAAUGAGGAGGAGGUGCUCGUCCGGCUGUCUGGGGGUGCCCCCUGGGGCUUCCGGCUGCAGGGGGGUGCGGAACAGAAGAAACCCCUGCAGGUAUCCAAGAUCCGCAGGCGGAGCCAAGCCGGUAGAUCUGGGCUGCGAGAAGAGGACCAGUUGCUCUCCAUCAAUGGGAUGACCUGUGCUGACCUCUCCCAUGCCAGUGCUAUGAGCCUCAUCGAUGCCUCUGGUACCAGCUUGCUCCUCGUAGUUAAGAGGUCUGGGGGCGCGGAUCCUGCGCGCUCGCCGUCCCCAGGGGAGCUGCGCGUCCUGUCUCCCCAAACUCCACUGAGCCCCGAGCCCACCGGGGCCCCAGCCGCCCAGCAACCGCAGCCGAGCAGCCUGCAGUCGCCGCCGAGCAGCGAGGCCUACUACGGGGAGACGGACAGCGACGCGGACGGUCCUCGGGCGCAAGAGAAGCCGCGCAGGCCUCGCCGCCGGGGUGCCCCCCGGUCCACCCCGCUGGACCAGAUCUCCUCGUGGGACAGCCCCGCGGAGCCCGCCCCGCCCACCCCUACCUCCCCCACGCCAGGGGGAGGCCGGGGGAGCUCCCCCGGCUGGGACAGGGCAGGCCUCUUGAAGCCCCCUCCGUCGGAGGCCUCGCUUCUGCCCCAGGCCCCCCCCCUCUCUGGAGCCGUCCUCAUCCCCAUGGUGGGGCCCGUGCCCUACCCUGUGGCCGACGAACUGACCACCAGCUACGUCCAGAAGGCCAAACAAGCUAAGCUGCAGCACGCAGAGAGCGUUCAGGAGAAGAACGUGAAGGAGGCCAAGACCAAGUGCCGAACCAUCGCUUCGCUGCUGACCGACGCACCCAACCCCCACUCCAAGGGGGUGCUUAUGUUUAAAAAGCGGCGGCAGCGGGCCAAGAAGUACACCCUGGUCAGCUUCGGGGCCGGGGCCGGAGCCGGAGCGGGGCCGGGAGCUGCCGAAGAGGAGGAAGAGGACGGCGUCCAGCCCACCAGCGAGUCCGAGCUGGACGAGGAGGCCUUCUCGGACGCCCGCAGCAUGACCAACCAGUUGGACUGGGACAGCGCUUAUCUGGACAUGGCGCCUCCCCGCCCGGAGUCAGCAGGGGGGCAGAGCGGGGGCCGGGUCCUGAGCGAGGCCUCGGGCCGGGGGGCGCAACUGUUUGAGCAGCAGAGGCAGCGGGCCAGCUGGAGCUCCCAGGAGCAGCUCCCCACCCCGGCCCGGCCCGAGGACGUCCCUCCGGGCCCUCCGGCGCUGCUCAACGGGCAGAGCCCUCCACCUCCACGGGCUCAGAGCACCCCCCCGGGAGCGACUGUCCCACCCCGGGGCCCUUCGCCCGCCCCAGGCCCCGUCCCUGGGCCCAGCCCCCUGCCUCUGGAAGGCUUGGCCUUCACUUCGACCUCUGGCCUCUUCAACCGAUCAGCCAGGCCAUUCUCCCUCGGAGGCCCGGCCCAGCGUCCGGUCACCUCCUCCGUCGUCUUCCGGCCCCUAGGCCCCAAGAAGAUCGUCGAAAGCCCUGGUCCGGCCCCACCCCCGUUCUUGUCUCCUUCCCCAGCGGGACCCAGCUCUGCUCCAACCUCUUUGACACCCACCUCAAUUGGGGGCCCUGAUCCGGCCCCAACCUCACUCGCAUCCCCUUCCCCCGGAGGGCCGGGCCCCGCCGCCCCGUUCUCCUCUGCGGGGGCCUCGUGUCCAACUCCCGGCCCUGUGCUGGCCACCACCUCACUCUACAUCCCCGCCCCCGGGCGGCCCGUCACCCCGCUGGGGGCCGGGAAAGCUCCCGAGCCCAGGUCAUCCCCCGGCACAACCUCCACAGCCAUGACCUCCACAGCCUCCAUCUUCCUGUCUGCACCCUCGCGGCCCGGUGCCCGGCCCCAACUUCCCACGGUCACCCCGACCCCGCAACGGGCCCCUGACUCUUCCCCAGCCCCCGCCCUCCAGCGCUCAGGGGGCCCCGAGGCCCCGAGCCCCCGGGAGCAGCGGAUCGCCGUACCGGCGGCUCGCACCGGGAUCCUGCAGGAGGCCCGGCGCCGGGGGGCCCGAAAGCAGAUGUUCCGCCCCGGCGGCGAGGAGAAGAAGAACUCGCCGAACCCGGAGUUGCUGUCGCUGGUUCAGAACCUGGACGAGAAGCCCCGGGCCGAGCCGGCCGGGGCCGGGAGCAGGGCCGGAAAUGGACCGGGGGCCGGGAGCAGGGCCGGGAGCGGGGCUGGGGGGGCCGAGUCCGGCCCUGAGGAAGACUUCCUGAGUCUGGGGGCCGAGGCCUGCAACUUCAUGCAGUCGCCGAGGGCACGCGGGCUCAAGACCCCGCCACCCGUGGCCCCCAAGCCCUCUCCCCAACGCCCCCCAGACCGCCUGGUAAAUGGUGCCGUGCCCCCGGUCCCCGCUCCGGAAGGGCCGCGACUCCAGGGCAGGGGUGGGGACCUGUUUGCCAGGCGUCAGAGCCGGAUGGACAGGUACGUGGUGGAGGCCACACCUGGCCUUCGGGCCCGGCCCCGUAGUCCCUCCCCCACUCCCUCGCUGCCCUCUUCCUGGAAAUAUUCACCCAACAUCCGAGCACCGCCCCCGAUCGCCUACAACCCCCUCCACUCGCCCUUCUUCCCCCUGGCCGCCCGCCCCCAGCCCAGCAAGGCUGAGACCAAAGGGCCCAAAGCGGCCACCAUCAAGCAGGGGAUCAAGGCCAUCGAUUCCAUGCGGCACCAGCCCUACCAGCUUAAGGCUGCCAUGUUCUGCUUCGAUGAGGCUCCUCUGGCCGGUCCUACCCCGGGCUCCCAGGGGCCGCCCAAGACAGCCCGGGCCUGUGAGAUCCGCCGCUUCUCCACCCCAGCCCCGCAGCCCACCGCCGAGCCGCUAGUCCCCAUCGUCCUGACACCCCGGGCUGCCACCACGUUGGAUGAGCCCAUCUGGAGGGCAGAGAUGCUCCCAGAAAAUCCCAGGAGCCCCUCGGCUCUCGGCCCAACUUCGCCCCAGGAGUUCUCUCGGCCCCCCGACCCGGGCCGUGGCACCUCCCCGAACCCCUCGACCUCUGGAUUCCAGGUGGCCCGGCCCCGGUUCUCUGCUGCCAGAAUAGGGAUGCAGGCCAACGUGUGGAGACCCGGGGCAGGGCAUCAGUGAGCCAGGCACGGCCCCUCAGAGCUCCUGGAAACAGCUUUGCCACCCGAGCCCCCCCCCCAGACCCAAGAGACCGAAUUGCUUCUCUGUUCCCUCUGGAUCCCUCUCUUCCCACCCUCUCUGCCUUUCCACCUCUCUCCAGCGGUCUCUCCCUCUCAGUUUUAAUUACAGUGAGCUGUUUGAGCCCAAGUGUAGGCACAGAAGGAGCUCCCGAGACAGUUCGCUUUGGGAAAGCGGAGUUGGGAAGAGAGGUUCGCGAGCAGACCGCAGACGAACUAGAGCAGUGUCCUUGAAAGGGUCUCUGCCCCUUUUCUGAGUCACUUCCUGCUUGCUCUGUGCCCCCCGAGACAUGUCCGCCUGCCUGCCUCACGGUCUCGGGCUCAUUUUCGGAUGCGAUGACGCCCUUAGAGUGUCCGGAGACUUCUCCAUCUAAUCCCCUCUUCGUUCCAGUGACCUCCCUCAAACCGGCCCCCUCGCUCACCAUAUUCUGGUCUUGUCCGUAGCUCCGGUUAGCCGGAUGGGAGCUCAGAGAGAGAGGGAAGAGGAGAGGGCUUCGGAGGAAAUCCAUUUCAGAUGGAAAGGAAGUUUGUAGAUGUUGGGGUGAGGCUUAGAGGGCUAGAAGUUACUUGAGACAGUGAAUGCAUAGUCUGCAGGCGUUGAGGGCUCAAUGCUCCUCGGGACAAGGGAAUGGGGAGGGAGAGCUCCUCGGGAGACUAAAAACAAGGCAGAGUGGGUAUCUCUGACCUGGAAAGGUUUCUUAAGGGGAUGAUACUUGGGAAAGUAGGAAGUGGAAAAAGGGUAAGUAAAUUCCAAUGGAGCAGUGGCCCCGUUCCCAGUCACUGCAGGACUGAGCCACUGUAUUUAUUGAAGCCAAAAGUUUUGAGAACGACUAUAAGGCAUUACCCAAACUUCUCCUUGGGGGAAACCCAGAGCCCAGGAGGCAAGAGAAGCUGGAGGGAAGAACAUAAGCAGAGUUUGGGGUGGAAGGAGAGAAUGAAGAAUGAAUAAGCAGAGCCUAGGAUGGCUUUGGCGGUGAGAGGGGAAUUGGCAGAAACCGUGGAGAGUGAGAAGGGUAUUAAUGGAGCCUGGUGUGGUGGGAAGGGAGAGGUGUAUUGGUUGAGCCCUGUCUUUAGGGAAGGGAGGGAUUGUUGUCAGAGCCUAGGGGAGGGGAGCAAAAUGAUUACAGAACCGAGGGUGGCCGCAGAUACUUAGGGGUGUUGGCCCAGCUUGGUGGGAGAUGGAAAAGGCAGCUUUCAGAGUCUGUACUUUCUGUGGAUGUAUCUAAACUUGCCCCAUCUAUCCUUCUCAAGUGCAGAAAGUCUGCAGGCGUCCAUUUCCAGACAGCCACAGGCAGCACAGGCAGAGAGCACCAAAAGCAGUGUUCCCCCCAUGUCCUCAUCUGUAGACAGCGCCGGGAGUGAGGAGAACCAGGCUUUUCUGGCAGAGUUCCCAACAGUUAGGCAGAUCGAGCAGCAGAAAUGGAGUUCUCGGGUCAAGCUCACUAGCUCUGUGCAUGACAAAUCCCAGCCCCUUUGUGCGGGGCGGGGCGCCAGAAGGGAGCAGUGACAGAAAAUCAAGCCAAUUCCUCCUCCCUUAGCAAGCCUCGCUCAGAUUUCCCUCCAGUCCACAGCCCCCUGGCUUCUGCCUCAGCAGAGUAACCGUCGCAGGAGCCACCCAGCCCCAUCUACAGAACUGAGUUUGCUGCUUGACGUACGGAAAUCUUGUUCGUUUCUUUGGUUUAAAGACACCUCGUUGUGGAAAAUGCACAAGAAUAAACUUGUGUCCUGCACCUUC